CGCGCUCGCGUGCUUACCCGCCUCGCGUACCCACACCAUGGCCGCCGCCGCCGCCUCCUCCUGCGGCGGCGCCGGCUGCGGGCCCCACUGCUCCUCCUCCGCCUCCGCCGCCGCGGUGGAGGAUGCUGCUGCUGCGGCGGCGGAGAAGGUAGGCCGCCUGUCACUCUCCCGCGAGUGCGGCAAGUGCGGCGGCGGCGCCGCUGCCGUCGCCGUCGCCGGAGGCCUCGGCCUGUGCGGCGAGUGCUUCCGGGCCAACCUGCUCGGGAAGUUCAAGCUCGCCGUCACGAGCAACGCCAUGGUUCGCCCCACCGACUCCGUCCUCCUCGCCUUCUCCGGCGGCCCCGCCUCCAGGGUAGCGCUGCAAUUCAUACAUGAGAUGCGGUGCAAGGCGAUUGAGAGCUGGGACGUGAGCAAUUCACAAGCCUUACCGGUAUUCGGUGUCGGGGUGGCAUUCGUGGAUGAAAGUGUUCUCUGUUCGAAGCCGAGAGACGAGAUUGAGAUGGCAAUUGAAGAUAUCAGGUCGAUCGUGUCGAGUUUGUCAACAGGCGUUAAAGCGAUGCACAUUGCGCGUCUUGAGGAUGUGUUCUCCACCGAAUCGGAGGAUGGGGAACGCAGGUUGAGGGAGGCGGUGGAUAUGAUUGGUGAUGACACUGGGAGGGAGGAUUUCCUUCGGUGCUUACGCAUGCUUUCGUUGCAAAAGAUUGCUAUGGAAAACGGGUACGCUAAGAUCAUGCUAGGAUCAUGUGCUUCUGCAAUAGCAUGCCAUGUUCUGUCCGCGACUGUGAAGGGGCAAGGUUACUCUUUACCUGCUGAUGUCCAGUAUGUUGAUACACGGUGGGAAAUACCUGUUGUUCUCCCACUCCGUGAUUGCCUAGCCCAAGAGCUUACUCUCCUCUGUGAACUAGAUAGUUUAAAAACACAGCAACAUCUCGAUAGGCCUUCGAACGGCAUCAACAGUUUAGUUGCAUCCUUUAUUAAACGACUACGGGAAGAGAACCCUUCUCGAGAGCAUACCAUUGUAAGAACUGCGCAAAAGCUCAAGCCCUUCUCUUUUAACAAAUUCUCGGCAGAUGGCUAUCAUGAUUUCCUACCAUCGCGACUACGUCCAAAAUUCCAGAAGUUUGAUAGCGAUGAGUCCACUUUUUCUGAGAUUCUCUGUCUGAUGUGUGGAAGUCCGUUCAGUGAAUCAGAACUCCAGAAUUUGGAAAGCACAAAACACAAGGCUCAGAAGAAAAUUGAUCUUUAUACUGCUCAUUGUUGUCAAAGCUGUUAUUUCCAGAUUCUACCAGCCGGUGAAAACUUGAAUGAACAUUUCUUUUCACUACUACCAAAAUUAUGGACUGGAAAAAUGGAUACCAUAUCUGACAGCCAUAGCUUGCUAAGAGAUCAAAUAGAAGAGUACCUGCUUGAAGAAAAUGAUGAUGGAAACUGAACUUGAUAUUUCAGUGAAGCCCGAAUAUAUUUGCCAGAAAGACAGCAGAGAUUCCUGCCUAGUUGGGCUCCUCACAUUGGCAUAAUCACAUAAUCCAAACUUGCUUCAGAUAAUAGUGUUUCUAUCUAGCAUGGCAUUGGUUUAUUCAGAAUUCUGCCAGAUACUUACAAUUUCAACACAUUAUAUCCUUGACUCAAUUCCUGAUGUUUCUGUAUGUCCUUCCUACUCUUAAGAGUUGAAACCUGUAUGAAAUCCGUAUAGUGAUAGCCUGAUGGGGCAGACCGUCACUUGCCAGCAAGUUUCCACCGAUCUCAAGACCACAGACAUUGGACAGAAACUUCCAUGUGAUUACAGUAUUCUGAUUGGUCACAUCUCCUGUACCAACUAUUCUGUCUGCAAAAGAUUGUAACCUGAAGAAUUUAUUCGAUUAUUUUGGAACAAUCUUCUCUAUACAAGAUUUGCACA